AUGGAGUCCAUCCUGGCUGCGCUGGCUCCUUACGUGUCUCUGGCGGUGAGCAACAUCCGGCUGAUCAAAGACAAGCAGACCCAACAGAACCGAGGAUUCGCCUUCGUUCAGCUGCCAUCCGCAUUGGAAGCCUCGCAGCUGCUGCAGAUUCUCCAGACUCUUCAGCCGCCUCUCAAAAUCGAUGGGGAAGACGAUCGGUGUGGAUUUUGCAAAAAGCGCCAGGAAGGAUCUUGUUCUGCCAGAUGGAAACCGGGUCAGCGCAUUCUCUGUAGCAAGCACAGCCAUUGCCGCCGCUCAGUGGUCAUCCACUCAGCCUCAGCAAAGUGGGGAGGGGGCAGAGUUUGGCUAUGGUCAGCAAGGACAAGAAGGAUUCUCUCAAUAUGGACAAGAUUAUCAACAAUAUUACCAGUCUCAGGCCGGAGGAGCUGAACAAGGAGCAGCAACAACAGAGGGAGCUCCCGCCACCACUACCACCAGUGCAGCUGUCGUAUGUCAGAGCCCCCAGCUCUACCCAGCACCCUAGAUCUCCGACACAGUCCAGCACCAGUGCAACAAGCAGUGCUGCACCCAGUACACCAGAUGCUGCUACUCCUAAUCCCAUCAUUCCAGGCGUUAAAUACGCUGUUCCUGACACUUCCACAUACCAGUACGAUGAAUCUUCCGGCUACUACUACGACCCUCAGACUAGUCUCUACUACGACCCCAAUUCUCAGUAUUACUACAACUCCGUGACACAGCAGUACCUGUACUGGGACGGGGAGAAGCAGACCUAUCUGCCAGCCGCAGACUCUGCUGCCGGUGGAGCCGGGCCCAACAGCGCUUCCACGUCCGGCACCAAGGAGGGCAAAGAGAAGAAAGAGAAACCAAAGAGCAAGACUGCCCAGCAGAUCGCUAAAGACAUGGAGCGCUGGGCAAAGAGCUUGAACAAACAAAAGGAGAACUUCAAGAACAGCUUCCAGCCUCUAAAUGCCCGAGAUGAAGACCGCAAAGAGUCUGCAGCGGCUGACGCCGGGUUCGCUUUGUUUGAAAAGAAGCAAGGAGCCUUACUGGAGAGGCAGAUCCUCCCGGAGAUAAUGAUGAUGGUUGCCGCUGAGGAAGAGAAGCCACCUAACAGGGCCCUGGUUGCAGCUUACAGUGGUGACAGUGACAAUGAAGAGGAGAUCGAGCGGCCUCUGGCACUAAUCGAUGAGGAUAAAUUAACGGAUUGGAAGAAACUGGCCUGUUUACUGUGCCGGAGGCAAUUCCCCAACAAAGAUGCUCUCAGCAGGCACCAGCAGCUGUCAGAUCUGCACAAGCAAAACCUGGAAGUGUACCGGAGAUCCAGAUUGUCAGAACAGGAUUUGGAGGCAUUGGAGCAACGAGAACGAGAGGCGAAAUACAGAGACCGGGCGGCAGAGCGGCGGGAAAAGUAUGGUAUUCCAGAACCCCCCCGAGCCCAAACGCAGGAAGAUGUACGAUAACGCAGCUGUGAACUACGAGCAGCCAACCAAGGAUGGGAUUGACCACAGUAACAUUGGAAACAAAAUGCUGCAAGCCAUGGGCUGGAAGGAGGGCUCGGGCCUGGGCCGGAAGAGUCAGGGAAUCACAGCCCCCAUUCAGGCUCAGGUGCGGCAGAAGGGUGCCGGUCUCGGUGCCAAAGGAAGUUCCUACGGAGUCAGCACAUCGGAUUCUUACAAGGAUGCCGUCAGGAAAGCCAUGUUUGCACGGUUUACAGAGAUGGACUGA